AUGAUAUCGUCCGUCCAAGCACCGCACCCCUUAAGCCCACUGCAUGCCAAUGAGGUCUAUCGGGCUUCUCAAACCCUUCUUCAACAUCUGCGCUGCGCUAAAGACCAAGUCCGUUUCAAAGUGAUUGAUCUGGCAGAGCCACCUAAGCAUCUAUGCUUGAUAUAUCUCUAUGAGAAUGGGCCGGUCCCGGACCGCAAGGCUCGGAUCUACUUUCAUCGGAAGAACACCACGACGCUGUCCGUUGCUAUCGUGAACAUCACCCGGUCGGCGGUCGAGAAGGACUACGACGUGCCUGAUGCACAGGGAGCAGUCGACUGGGUCGAGUAUGAGCUUGUCCACAAUGCCUGUCUGGAGCAUCCUGACGUCAAGGCCGAGAUUGCAAAACUCAAGCUGCCUCCCAAUGCCAAAGUUCUUAACGAUCCCUGGGCGUAUGGGACUGACGACCGGAAUGAACGACGCCGCCUGUUCCAGUGCUAUAUGUACGCUGCGCUCAGCGACGACCCUGAAGCCAACCAUUACUCUAUACCGUUACCGCUGGCGCCCGUUUUUGAUGCCCAUACUCUCGAACUCGUGGCCCUUGAAUGCCUUCCAAUGGGCGAGACUGCGGAGUUAGAUCCAGAGACCGAGCCAUGGGAGCCCGUCAAGCCCGUCGAAUACAGCGCCGGUAUUCUAGGCCCAGACGCCUUCCGCAAGGACGUGAAGCCCCUGCAGGUAUCUCAACCCCAGGGACCGUCAUUCAUGAUCACCGACCACUAUAUCGAAUGGCAGAAAUGGUCCUUUAUACUCGGCUGGACCCUCCGAGAAGGCCCCGUCCUGCACGACAUCAAAUACGACAACAGAUCCCUCUUCUACCGCGUCUCCAUGUCAGAAAUGACCGUCCCCUACGGCGACCCUCGCUCGCCCUACCACCGCAAGCAAGCCUUCGAUCUCGGCGACUCCGGCUUCGGCCUCACAUCCAACACCCUCUCGCUCGGCUGCGACUGUCUCGGCCACAUCGCCUACUUCAACGGCAUCCGUACUUCGCCCGACGGCCUCCCAGUCACCAUGCCCAACGUCGUCUGCAUGCACGAAGUCGACGACGGCAUCGGCUGGAAACACACAAACUUCCGCAACGGCAAGACGUCCGUCGUGCGCGAUCGCAAGCUCGUCAUCCAGUGUACCGCCACCGUCGCGAACUACGAGUACAUCCUCGCAUUUGUGCUCGACCAGGCUGCGAACCUGCACAUCGAGCUCCGCGCGACGGGCAUCGUCUCGACAAUGCCAAUUCGUCCACACACGAAUGUUCCCUGGGGGACUGUUGUCGCGCCCGGUGUUCUGGCCGUUAACCACCAGCAUCUGUUCUGCGCGCGCAUCGACCCGUUUCUAGACGGGGGGAGGGAAAACACCAUCGUCCACGAGGACUGUAUCCCUGUCCCGCAAGACUCGAGUCACAAUCCAUCGGGGUGUGCGUUUAAAGUACACACAACCCCUAUCACUAAACCAGGCGGCUACGACCUCGACCUAGCAAAGAAUCGCACAUACAAGAUCCUCAACGAGGCCAGGAUAAACCCCAUCUCGGGCCAGGUUGUUGGGUACAAACUCCACCCGAUCCCGAGCCAGAUGCUCAUGAUGGGUGCCGAGACAUUUAACUACCGCCGGGGCGUGUUCGCGACGAAACCGAUCUGGGUGACCAAGUACCGCGACGAUGAGCUCUGGGCUGCUGGUGAGUUUACGAACCAGAGUCGCGAGGAUACGGGGCUGGCGAGGUGGGCUGCGCGUGGGGAGGGGGUGAGGAAUGAGGAUGUUGUUCUCUGGCAUAGUUUUGGGGUUAUGCAUGUUACGAGGCCGGAAGAUUUCCCUGUCAUGCCGAAUGAGAAGAUGAGCAUGGUGCUCAAGCCAGUGAGCUUCUUUGAGCUGAACCCGUCGAACGAUGUGCCGAGAUCGAAUCAGCAGGAUAACCAGUCUACUCUGCAUCAGAGGGCCGCUUACCAGGUAUGCCGAGUAGGGCCGAUAUAG